AAAAACCCCUUAAACUUACCUCCUUUUUGAAAAUUCAUAUACACAAUUUUUUUUUUUUUUGUUAAAUAUGUUGACUCCAUUGAUUUCUGAAAAUCCAACAAUAGAAUACCAAAAGGAACAUAACAAUUAUAUUCCUAGACAAAAAAAUCAUCUAACUCUUUCAAUUUUAGAAGCAAAAUGCAUAGCUAAUAUUGCAUUUCCAAUGAUAUUCACAGGCUUAAUUCUUUACUCUCGUUCAAUGAUUUCCAUGAUCUUUCUUGGCCGGCUCGGCGAGCUUUCUUUAGCCGGCGGUUCGCUCGCUAUUGGUUUUGCAAAUAUAACCGGUUAUUCAAUUCUUUCUGGUUUAGCCAUGGGAAUGGAACCAAUUUGUGGACAAGCUUUUGGUGCAAAAAGAUUCAAGCUUUUAGGUCUUACGUUACAAAGGACAAUUCUUUUGCUACUUUUAACCUCAAUUCCAAUUUCAUUCUUGUGGCUAUACAUGAAAAGACUCUUGAUAUUAUGUGGCCAAAAUCAUAAUAUUGCAACACAAGCUCAAAAUUACAUUCUUUAUUCACUUCCUGAUCUUUUAACUCAGUCAUUUUUACACCCCCUUAGAAUUUAUCUACGUUCACAAUCCAUAACAUUACCUCUAACUUAUUGUGCUGCUUUUUCUAUUCUUAUCCAUAUCCCAAUAAAUUAUUUUCUUGUUAUAGUACUUAAUCUUGGAAUUAAAGGGGUUGCCUUAAGUGGGGUUUGGACAAAUUUCAAUCUUGUUGGUUCAUUAAUUCUUUAUAUUAUAUUUUCUAGGGUACAUAAAAAAACUUGGAAUGGAAUUUCCUCAGAGUGUUUAAAGGGAUGGAAAUCACUUCUAAAUUUAGCAAUUCCAAGUUGUAUUAGUGUUUGCCUAGAAUGGUGGUGGUACGAAAUUAUGAUUUUAUUAUGUGGACUUUUAAUUAAUCCUCAAGCUACAGUUGCAUCAAUGGGAAUAUUGAUUCAAACAACAUCUUUGAUAUAUAUUUUUCCAUCUUCUUUGAGUUUUGGUGUAUCAACAAGAGUUGGAAAUGAAUUAGGAGCUAAUCGUCCGAAUCGCGCUAAAUUAGCAGCCAUAAUUGGACUAUGUUCAAGCUUAAUAUUAGGAAUUUCAGCAUUAUUUUUUGCUACUAUGGUAAGAAAUAUUUGGGCAAGAAUAUUUACUCAAGAUCAAGAAAUUGUGACAUUAACGGCUAUGAUUUUGCCAAUUAUAGGACUAUGUGAACUUGGGAACUGUCCACAGACAACAGGUUGUGGUGUUUUAAGAGGAACAGCACGUCCUAAAUUAGGUGCUAAUAUUAAUUUAGGAUGUUUUUAUUUUGUUGGAAUGCCAGUGGCUAUUUGGUUAGGAUUUUAUAUGGGGUUUGAUUUAAAAGGAUUAUGGUUGGGAUUAUUAGCUGCUCAAGCUUCAUGUGCAGUGACUAUGAUGUUAAUUAUAUUUGCCAAAACUAAUUGGGAAGAUCAAGCAAGAAGAGCAAAAGAACUUACUUCAAUUAUUGGUGAUUAUGAUAAUGAAGAUGAAAAGUUCAUUGAUGAAAAGGCAGAGGAUUAUUUGGAUUUAUCAGAUUAUCAGAAGCUAGAGAAUUCAGUUGUUUGAUUUUUUGUUUCAAUUUUUGGAUUAUUCAUACUAUUCUUUAUCGGAAGGGAGACUUGGAGCAACGAUCAACUUGUCUGUUUGACCUAUAGAUUACGGGUUUGAGUCGUGAAAUCAAUCAACAUCACGGUAGACUGCCUACAUCACACCUCAUAGAAUGCAGCAUUUCCCUGGAUCCUACAUGAACGCGGAAUAAUUUGUGCACCGGACUUGGCUGCCUUAAUUCUUUUCUUUUUCAUUUUCUUUUUAUAUUCCAUUUCUUUAUUUUUGUACACUAGUAGAGAGCUUAGUUUUGGUGUUUGUCAUUCAUCAAAUUAAAUUAUUUAUUUUUCUUUCUUCAAAUGUAAUUAUGCACGUAGAUAUCCUUUUUCUUUAUUUUCUUCCUUAGAAUGAAGAUUUUGUACUUUUCUGAUAUUAUUAAUUAAUGAA